CCAGUGUAGGGGGUGGAGGCUGGCGGGCGGGUCGGGGAGGUGGCGGAACCGCCUCCCACCAUUCAGGCUUCCUGCUGAGCCUCCUCGGAGCUUUUCUGGCCCCACCCUCCCUCCUCAGCUUGGGUUUUUGGGAGCUGAAGAAGCGGAGGUUUAGAGAAAUUAAGGCGUUUGCCCAGGGACCCACAGCCAGGGACGCUGGGAUUUGAACACAGCGCUGCGCAGCCCGGCCUCCUCCUCCUUUCCCCUCGGAGGUAGCUUGGCGAUCACAGACAGGUGGGAGUUCCUUGUGCACCCGAGGGGCACCGCACCCGGAAGAGCCCACCUGCCGCUCCUGCUCCCCAUUCCCGGGCCCCCUCCCCAGCCCUGCUCCCCAAAGCCCCGCCCACCCCCACCCCACCCCACCCCGUGCCCCUUCCCUAGACCUACUCCCUCAGUAUCCCUGAACCCCUUCUCUUGAGACUCUCUCGGGUCUCUCCACUCCCUAAGUCCCGGUUUCCUGCGCUCCCCCCAAACCCCAGCCCCCAGCUGCCCCUCACCUCCUGGCUCCCUCCGCUCCCCUGCAUCCCGCUCCGCUCGGCUCUAGAGGGUCCUGGUACCCUGACCGCAUGGCCCGGCUGGGGGCGCUGCUCCUGGCCGCUGCCUUGGGCGCGCUGCUCAGCUUCGCGCUGCUGGCCGCCGCCGUGGCCAGCGACUACUGGUACCUCCUGGAGGUGGCGGACGCCGGCAACCACAGCGGGCACGGGCAGCUCUCCUCCCACUCGGGGCUCUGGCGCAUCUGCGAAGGGCACAACAGCUGCAUUCCCCUGAUCGACCCCUUUGCCAGUGAGAGCCUGGACGCCUCCACUUCGGUGCAGCGCCUCAUCUCGUUGCACCGAGCCGUCUUGGUGGUCCUGCCCCUGAGCCUCGUCCUCAUUGUGUGCGGCUGGAUCUGUGGCCUCCUCAGCUCCCUGGCCCAGAGCAUCUCUCUGCUGCUCUUCACCGGCUGCUACUUCUUGCUGGGGGCCUGCAGGCACUGGGCCAAGCCCUCCCUCAGGGAUGCAGCGACGGACGCAGGCCCUGGGUCACAACUUCCUGCUGAGAUGUUGGAGGAUUCCCUAAGCUCAGCAGGAAGCUGGUCCUGGAAUCCCCAUCGCUGCCUUUCGGGGCUGUCUGUCCCAGCCAGCCACCUGGUGUCCCCAGCUGCCCAAGGCUGGCCGUCAUUGACCGUGGGCUGGAGGCUCCUCAGGCGCCCUGACCCUGGCGGGGGUCGUCAUCUACAUCAGCUACUCACAGCUGGCCUUCGCAGAGACGGCCCGCCAGUACGGCCCCCAGCACGUGCAGGACGUCCGCAUCAGCUUCGGCUGGUCCCUGGCCCUGGCCUGGGGCUCCUGCACCGCGGAGUCACUCAGCGGCGCCCUCCUGCUUGCAGCGGCCCGAGCCCUCAGCCUGGGCGGGCAGCCGGGCGCCCCGCACUCUGUGGUCAUCUGAGUCCCAGGCAGGCUUGUGGAAUGGAGGCAGACCCAGGCCCAAUGUGCCUCUAAGGGCCAGACAGACGGGAAGGUGGCAGCCCGCCCAUGCCUGGUCACCGUGGUCUGUGAAGGCUGAGGCUCCCUCCACUCUGGGCAGGACCUGAAGACCUACUCAGCGUUGGUGUCAGGCUCAGGGCCCUCGAGUCUGAGGUGUGUGCGGGGGUCCAUGGUGGCCUUCCCCGCCUUGGUCUUUCCCCUCCCCCAGUCUCCCUUUGGGAUGGUUACAGGAAGCUCGGGGGCCAUCGGGGGCUGGUACCAUUUGGAGAGUCCCACUGAGGGAUAAAGAGUAGGGGGUGGGGGGUGGGAAAGGGGAUGUUAAAUGCGGGCUUCCCUUCCUACCUCCUGUGUUUUAGCAUUUAACAUUGUGCCAAUGUGUCCAUAAAUAAAUCAGCUUGUUCUGUGUGCAGUUAAACCUUUAUUCACUUAAAAACUCUCAGAAUAGAUAAUACAUACCCAUGGCUUACAAACAGUGCAGGGGAUACCCUGUUGCCAGGUCUGUGUGUCUGUCUGUCCAUCCAGAGACAUCCUGUGUGUGGUCUGUGUGUCCGUCCAUCCAGAGUCGUCUUUGGCAGACAUGACGAGCUCUUUCUUACUUUCGGCUGGCACAGGCAGGGAGGACCCCCGGGGCCUCACGUUGGUUCCAGGGGCUGGCUUUGUGGGCAGGUCUCAGCUUGGGAGGCUCUCACCUGACCUCUCCCACAGCAGCUGGGCGUCAGCAGUGUGAGGGUUUAACCCUGGGCCUCUCUGCAGACAGGCUUGGCCUCUGGGCACAGACAGUGAACCAGACACACACGGGUGAACCUCAGAUCCCAGAACUCACGAGGGUGGGCGGGGACACUUGCCCCUUCCCUCUCUAGAACAGACCUGGCCAUGAUUCAGAGAGGCCAGCCCAGGU